UCAAUAUGGAGGUUGGCCUAUGCAUCUAAUCCAAAUUAGAUCCAGUCGUUUGUUUUUACUCGCGUGAAAAGAGUUGGAGCAUUUACCUGCGUGAAAAGAUGCUGGAUAGAUAAAUAUUUCUGCCCCGUGAGUCGGGGAGAGCGAGGCAGUGUGUGCAUUGUGUACUCCGGGUCGGCCUGCAUUCGCUGCUCUAAUUAUGGGCCUUACUACUGGCCUUAGCCUAACGGCAAAGGCUUGACCAUUCAGCGUGAAGAUUCCCCUCCUGUGUGAUCUCCUCCCCACUGCCAGCAAAGGAUGGAGAAACCAGGGUAGCUGCCGUGCGUGCUAUGUGUAGAGAAGACCUGGAAAUUUGAUGCACAAUGUUAGCAUCAUUGCUCUGGCUUCGUAAAACGGAUGGUGCCUGCGAAUCGGUUUUCCGGGGGGUUUGUCCCCGUUGGUGGAUAAUUAUUAUGUGGAUGAGUAAAAAGAAUGCAAGGCUGUUUGGAUCACCUGCUACUAAAUCGUAUACUGCUGAAAGUCUAGGCUGAUGAAUUGCGAGUCAGAUUUUACCCCCUGACACCACCAUAACAGUGAACUCAAAAUUGAGACCUUUCUAUCAAGUGUGAGUGAGCUUUCGUCAUUUAUUGCUUCACUGCACCUGUGAAUAUAUAUCUUCCUGGAGGAAUUCCCUGGAACAGUCUUCCGUCUUGAAUUCUUGGUCAUAAAAGUAAUAAUCAUUACCAUCAUUCUCAUGUUUGCGUGUGUAUUGUAGUCAAACUUCAGAAUGUGGACAUCGACGACCAAGCACCACCCCUCCCUGAUCAUCCCUCGACUUGUACGACCAACCUAAAGGAAACACUUUAUCCUAGUUUUUUCACUGUGAAGUAGCAUGCAGUAGCUGCCUCACAAACCGACGAGUUCUCUCUUUCUCUCUAUCUUUCUCUCUUUCUUUCUCUCUCCCUCUCUCCUGUCUCCUUUUCCGCCACACUGUUCACAACGCGUAUUACUGGUGCCAGUGCUGCUUCAACUGCUGCUGCCGCUGUCUUCCUUCACGGUGGUGGAACCCCAACCUCCCGUAGGAGAGGAGUUACCACCACCACCACCACCGCUACCACCACCGCCACGACAACAACAACAACAACAACAGCAACAACAACAACAACAACAAACCAGCAGCCGUUGUUUUGGAUAGGACAGCCAACCGGUUGCCUACCUACUUCAACAACAACAACUACCACGGCUACUACUAAUACUACAACAACAACAACAAUACCAGCCACGACCGGUACCACUUCGGUCACGACCGACGACGCCCUGAGAGGAGUGUGAGAAAGGGGGUUAGUUUACCAGCUGAGCUGCCCUUUGCCAAGGAGGAUCGUAACGAGUUGACCAUUGAGGAGUUCCGUCGUAAAAUGGCACAGAGACACAGCGGCAACCGCCGGCUGGACUCGCUGCAGGGCUCUGUCGCCGGCCCCGUCGGGAAUGGGCAACACACACACGAAGACAACCCCAACCACUUGGUCUACAAGAAGAGUGGAAGCACUACACCUGGCCCACCUCAUGUCAUCCCACGGCUACUUCUUCCCGAUCGACGAUCACGUGCUCACGGUCAAGAACGACAACACGUACUACCGCUUCCAGACACCUUGCUUCUGGCCCUCUAGAUGUGGGGAACCCGAGAACACAGAUUAUGCUGUCUAUUUAUGCAAGAGGACCAUGCAGAACAAGCAACGGCUGGAGCUGGCGGACUACGAGGCGGAGAACCUGGCAAGGUUACAGAAGAUGUUCUCCAGGAAGUGGGAGUUUAUUUUUAUGCAAGCGGAAGCACAAGCCAAGGUGGAUAAAAAGAGGGACAAGCUAGAGCGAAAAGUCUUGGACAGUCAAGAGCGGGCAUUUUGGGAUGUCCAUCGGCCUGUGCCUGGUUGUGUAAAUACUACAGAAGUUGAUAUUAAGAAAGCUUGCAGAAUGAACAGACACUCAAAGAUGAGUCGGCCCAAUUAUGCAGUCCCGGGAGGGCGAAUAAGCCCCAGUGUGUCUGAGGCCGACCUUCACACGGCUGGGGACUCCAUACGACAUGAAAUCAAUGUCUUGCGGAGGAAAUUAGAAAAAAGACGGGUAAAAAUUUCUAAAGUUGUAGAAUGUUAUAUAGCUUAUUACCAGCAAUAUGCAGAAUUUGAUGCCUUCAUAACAAGUCCAGACACUUCCAAUCCCUGGAUCUCUGACAGCACAGAGUUCUGGGAACAGGAAAAGACCAUGAAUCCAAGAGAAAUCCCACAACGCAGAGUGAAAAGAUGGGCUUUCAGUAUAGAAGAGUUGCUGUGUGACCCCGCAGGACAGGACCAGUUUAGCAAAUUUUUAGACAAAGAAUUUAGCGGUGAAAACUUAAAAUUCUGGUUAGCUUGUCAAGAAUUAAAAGGUCUUGCACUGCGGGAAGUGAAUAAAAAAGUUCAUGAAAUAUUCAGUGAGUUUUUAGCUCCUGGUGCGCACAAUCCGGUCAACGUAGACUGUCAGAUAAUGGAGCUGGUGAGACGCAGAAUGGAGAACAACCCAAACCGAUUUGUGUUUGACGAGGCUCAGGAUCAUAUAUUCAAACUGAUGAAAAGUGAUAGCUACAGCCGGUACCUUCGGUCAGACCAGUAUAAAGAAUUCUUGUGCGGCACCCGGAAGAAAACAUCGGGAUAUCUGAUGUGGAAAAAGUUGCAACAAGCCCGGCAUAUCCCCCACUGACAACGAGCUGUGUGGGCGUACAGCCUGGAGGUUUCCCUCACCGCAGCCAGCCGGUCGUCAAGCCAACGGGAAAAGAGAGACUAUUUGUGCAGGCACAAACACACCUGUUUUCUCAAGCUGGACCUUAUGGAUUUUUGGUGAUGUUUCGAAUCUGGCUGGGUUUUUUCUUUUCCAUGGAUGCCAUGCGAACACACCGUGUACAGAACUGUGCUUCAAGGCAGUUGGGUUUUUUUUUUUUUUUUUUUUUUUUUCGAAGUUCAAAGAAAAGAAAAAAGUCAGUUGCCUUGAGACUGGUACUACAUCGAUAUCAUUUUAUGUUUUUAUUCAAUGUUUCUGAGUUGACACAACAAAUGGAGCAUCUAAUCCCACCAUUUAAUGUCUUUGAAUGAUUUUAUUUUGUAAUGUUAAUGUGAAGCAAUGGAGAUGAGUGAGAAUGUUUCUUAUUUCGUUAACCUUCAGCAUACUUGCUCUGAAGAUAAAAGAUGCUGAUAUAAACAGCAGCAUGAAUUAAGAUCCAUAUUUAACAGUGCCCUGAGGAGUGAUGUAUUUUUUUAUAUGACGUGAAUUUAGCUCACAGAGCACCUUUUUUUCAUCAUCAAAUAUCCUCAUUCUCUUCCAUACAUGUGUGCUUUUUGUAAUUUCAUCCAUUUGUUUUUUAAGAAUUGAGCGAACUGAGAAUCUUUGUGGAGAACGAAA